CUUUCCACCCGCGCGGCCGACGCCACCCCCCGCCCGAUCUCCAUGGCCGCCUCCACGGCCUUCGCCGCCGCCAGGUUCCUCCCGUCCACCCACCUGGACUCCUCCGCCCGCCUCGCCCCGCCCCGCGCCGCGCCCACCGCCAACCUCGCCUUCUCCCCGCUCCCACCCGCCUCCUCCUCACUCCUCACCCUCCAAUCCCCCUGCCCCUCCGGCCCAGGCGGCAAGCUCCCCCCUCCACCCCGCUCCUACUCCGGCGGCGGCGGCGGAUCUGGCGACGACGCCGCGGACUCCGGCGGCGGCCGCGGCGGCAUCCUCGGCAUCUUCCUCGCCGGCUGGGCGGCCCGCGUCGCCGCGGACCCGCAGUUCCCGUUCAAGGUGCUGAUGGAGGAGCUGGUGGGCGUCACCGCCUGCGUGCUCGGCGACAUGGCGUCCCGCCCCAACUUCGGCCUCAACGAGCUCGACUUCGUCUUCUCCACGCUCGUCGUCGGAUCCAUCCUCAACUUCGUGCUCAUGUACAUGCUCGCCCCCACCGCCGCCCUCUCCGCCGCCGCCUCAUCCCUCCCGAGCCACAUGUUCGAGCCGGGCGCCUACUCCCUGGGCUCCCGCGUGGCGACCCUCCUCUCCAAGGGCACCACGUUCGCCGCCGUCGGCUUCGCGGCGGGGCUCAUGGGCACGGCCAUCUCCAACGGCCUCAUCGCCGCGCGCAAGAAGAUGGACCCGGCCUUCGAGACGCCCAACAAGGCGCCGCCCACGCUGCUCAACGCCGCCACCUGGGCGCUCCACAUGGGCGUCAGCAGCAACCUGCGCUACCAGACCCUCAACGGGGUCGAGUACCUGCUCGGCACCGUCGCGCCCGCCCCCGUCUUCAAGGUCUCCGUCGUCGCCCUCCGCUGCAUGAACAACGUGCUCGGCGGCAUGUCCUUCGUGCUGCUCGCCAGGCUCACCGGCGCGCAGAAGUCCGAUAAGCCCGCGGGUUCUGCUUCUGAAAUCAAGGAGAGGUUGGUAGCCGAGGGCGAUGUCAUUGCUGCUAAUGUUAGCGAGGCGAGGGAGGGGGAAACCACCAAGUGAUCUUCUGGGUAUAGGAGUGAGUAAUGAUCUGCG